AGAAAGGAUGUUUUGUUUUUUCAUGAAAGGAGGAGGCGAUGGUUGAGCAGCUGGUGGCGGAGCUCUGGAAGUAGAACCUUCCGCUGACUGCUCGUUCAUCCGAACAGCGCGUCUCGUUAUUCGGCUGAUAAAAUAACGGGCGAAGGAAAAUGGCGGCCGCUCCGGAUAAAGUCGACAUGUCUUUAGAUGACAUAAUUCGCUUAAAUAACAAAGAGAGACAGAUGGGAAGAAGACAAGCCAACGGGAGCCACAGGCCGUUCAGGAAGAAAGGAGCAGCAGCCCGGACAGGCGGCGGAGGACCCCGGGGAGGAGCGGCGGUGCUGAGGAACAAGAGGGUUCCGAUCCCUGCGGGUCGGCGGAGAGGUCAGGGGGUCAUCACCAGGCUGGCGGCCCGGAGGCCGGCGGUUCUACUGAGGCGAGCCGGAGCGCUGAACAGAUCCACAGCCGGUCAGAGCCAGAAAACCCGACAGAAGCCAAGGCCCUUCGCUCAGCGCUCAGAUGCUCGCUUCUGGAGGACGGAGGUUCAGAGGCGCCUCUACCUGCAGCCGGGCUCACAGAGAGGCCAGAACGCUGCAACAUCCAGGAGGCCUUUUCAGCCUCGGUGGCGACCGCCGCUCCAGCAGGCGCAGAGGGAGGCCCGCCAGGCCACCUUCCUUCUUCGCAGAGGUCUCAAGGUUCAAGCUCAGGUCCCACAGCCAAAUCCUACCUCUCCUUCAUCCGAAACACACCAGUGGCGCACGUCCGCAGCAGGCAGCGGAAUCCUGACCGUUUCCAUCGACAACCCAAAAGCCAGGACCCAACCCGAGCCCCCCACUGCGUGGACUCUACACCCCCAACACGUCGCCUCCGCUCCCGUUAAAACAGAGACGGUGGAAAGGAAGGACCCCAAAGGAGUAGCGCUGCAGUUUGACAUCAACAGCGUCGGGAAGCCGCAAACGUCGAUGACUCUAAGUGAGCGUUUCCGUAUCCUCAAAGAUCAGCGCGCCGCCUCGGCCAGAAGCGAAGGUGGCAGGUUUGUUACCUGGUCGGUGGAGUCUGAGGACGGCGGCGCAGAAGGUCCCCCAAGGAGCGGCUCUGCAGUUUGACAUAAACGGCGUCGGGGAGCCGGACGGACGUGCGUCGAGUCGCUGUGAUGUCGCUGCUUAAAGGGAAGGACUGAACGACUCUGUGUUUUCUGGCAGAGCGGCUCUGGGGGACAAAGGCCCCCACUUCACCAUUGAGUUGCCGUCCUUGGCUUUUUUUGUUCAGGGGGAAUAAGUUUCCUCCUCAGUCCGACUCAGAACCGUUGAAACUAUGAACUCUUUUUAAAUCUUUUGUUGUCAGAGAUUUGUUUUCGACAGCGUAAAAGAAAACCUGCAUUUUUUUUUAAAACAAGUUUUAUAAUUUAUUGAAAUAAUAAAAGAUUAUCUAAAACCUG